AAAUUCAAGAACAGAAGACCAGUAAUUUAAGUUUUGAGGAACUUUAUCGCUGUUGUUACACCUUGGUUCUUUACGAUCAAGGAGAAAUUAUAUAUGAAGGGUUGAAAAAUCUCCUAAGCUCUUAUUCAAUAAAAUCUUUUGAAAAGCUGAAAAACUGUAGCCAUGAUGAAUAUAUUGUUAUAUUUUCACAAGUUUGGAAGAUGUAUAGUACUUCUUUAACGAUGAUAAGAGAUAUUUUAGCCAGUCUGGACCGAGUUUACUUGGAAGAUAAUGCAGAACUUCUUUCUGUCUAUGAUUUGGGAUUAAAAACAUUUUACUCGGAAGGAGCGCAAUUUCUCUCUCAGUUAAGACAGCAUUUACUGGAACAGAUAACUUUAGAGCGGACCGGCAUUGCGAUUAACAGAGUUGUAAUGAAAGAGCUUCUUACUAUGCUUGUUCAACUUUCCAGUGUUCAAGAAUUUCUUUACGACGAAAUUUUUGAAAACGAAUAUCUUCUCAGCUCUAAAGAAUAUUUUCAAACAGAAAGUGUUUCCUUUAUAACCAGUCACAAUGUUUUGUCUUAUUUGAAAAAAGCAGAUGUUUGGUUUCAGGAAGAAUUAGAGCGUGCCACCGAGUAUAUGGAUUCUAAAACGGCCGCAAAAGUCUCCAGGGUUAUGGAGGAAACCAUUCUUAUUAGCCACUUUGCCACCCUGACAGAGGCCGCUAAUUCAACGGAGUUGCACUCAUGGUUGGAUAAGCACAUGGUAGAAGAACUGCGCCUGUUGUACAAUUUAUUUUCCAGAGAUGCGCGUGGACGACAAAAGCUAGUCGAGAUUCUUUCUUCGCACUUGAAUUGUGCAGGAGCGAAGUUUAUAGAAAACCACCGGCGCGGGGAUGCAUUGGCUUACGUUCAAUACUUUCUCGACCUCAAAAAUAAAUACGACGCGAUACUUAAAGAGUGCUUUGGGAGUGACCUUGAGCUUGAGGCCGUCUAUAAUCAGUCCUUUCGGUGCAUGCUCAACUCGAAUUCUCUUUUUCCCAAGUACUUUCCGUAUCACAUCAACCAUCUUCUGCAGCACACGCUAAUGGGGCGAACCGAAGAGGAGGUGGAGCGCUCGUUAAAAAAAAUUUUGAAGGUGCUUCGGUUUAUUGAGGACAAAGAUAUAUUUGAAAAAUAUUAUCGCGAGACGUUAGCAAAACGUUUGCUUGCAGACAAACUUUACAGUAUGGAGGCCGAAAAAUUUAUUAUUCUUGAAAUAAAGCACGAGUUUGGCUACCAUUUUGUCUACAAGCUGGAGGGACUGUUGAAGGACCUCAUUAUUUCUAAUGAAAUUGCUAGCAAGUAUAGAAAUGCGCAUAUACUUGACUUUGGUUUGUCCGUGAAAGUUCUGACUAAAAGUUAUUGGUCCAUUGGAAGUCAGAGCCCAAUCAUAUUACAUCCACUAUUGGAAAAAGCUCGCGUGAGUUUUGAUGCCUUUUAUCAAAAGGAUUAUCCGAGGCGGCGCCUGAUGUGGAAUUUUGCGUUGGGGAGCGUUCACUUGCGCGUGAGAUUUUCUUUUAAAAUAGAAAAGGUAUUAGUGGUUACUCCGCCUCAGUUGAACCUGCUUCUCGCCUUCGAGGCAAAAGACAACGUGUCCUUUAAGGAACUUGCAAAAAUUGUCGGGAGUGACCAGGUUGCACGUGAGGUUCUUCCAUCGUUGUGCUCUAGAAAGUUUCCUAUUCUAUUAGAGCGUAAUGUAACGAAUGAGAAAAUAUUCGUAUUCAACACCGCAUUGUCUUGUGCUAAACGGAAAGUUUCAUUAUUAAAAUUGGCCCGAAAUAACAGCGAUGAGCACGUGAAGGAAAGCAUUGAUAUCUUCUUGAAGGCAUGAUUGUUGCUCAUUGUUUUUCUAGCAGGAAAGUUCUGAUAUUGCUCGUAACCGCCUACUAUGCAUUGAAGCCGCCAUUAUGAGGGUUCUGAAGACCAGGAAAACCCUCGAACACACCCAUUUGGUUUCUCAAGUCGCCGCGCAAAUAACUAGUCACCGGCCGUCCGAUGAGUUGAUUAAACGCUGCAUCGCAUCGCUAAUUGAACGAAAGUACAUUUCCUGUGACCCUCAGCGCCCGGAUAUGUACAUUUACGUCGCUUGACGGGAAGCCAAUUACACGUAAAGCGGAAGUUACUUUUAUUAACGGCGCAUCUGCCCGGCUUUUCAAG